UUCAUCACAACUUACCUAAGGGCAUGUGCAUUAGCGUAUAUUGACACCGUCCCACCUAAUAAAAAUUUUAAAUUUAAAUCAAAAAGAAUGAAAAAUGGAAGAAACGUACCUAGAAUUGGGACGUAUUUUGGUUAGUCCGUCCUAACACGUGGCGGCAUGUUAUUGAAUGUUGGCGUUUGGGUAGGGUCUCAAGUCAUUUGUGUUCUUUUCCUUUUUCUUUCUUUACUCUUUCUCUCUCGACGGCGAUUCUUCUUCCGAAGGGCGAUCUGCUUGAAAAUUGGCUGAAUCAAAGGCAAAGCUUUACUUGGUUGGUGGAGAUGAGUUCGGCUCUAGAUUUGAAGCCUAUGUUACCUCUUACAACAACAUCGCUACCUUCUCCGUUCCGAUCCGAUAACCCUAAAUUCUAUCGCUGUCGUUCCUCUUCCUCUACUUCGUGUUCUUCCCAAUCUCAUUCUUCUUCUUCUUCUCCGCUUCUCUCUGUUAGAAGACGCCGAUUUAGAUCCUCCUCUCCCUCUAUUCCCAUGCUGCGGAGUUAGUGAAUUCGGGAUCCUAAGAAUGUUGCAAUGGAUGGGAGGAUCGAGGCGUAAAGUGGCUGCUUCACACACGUCAGUGAAGAAGAGGCAAAAGCAAUACUUUGAGCAGAGGAGACAGCAACAGCAUCAGCAGCUCACAGUUGGGUCUGAGAGAUGUCCUAACGAUAUAAACAGUAGUAAUCAACACCCAAGAGAACACCACUCUAUGGAUAUUCUCAAUUUGCUCAACUUGUCAACCGCUACUCCUGAAUGCAACACCAUAACGGAUGUUAUGGAUGCUUCAUUGUCUUACAGGACUUCUUUUAGUCUCCCUGACAACCAGACAAAUGAAUUCAAGAAAGCAAACACCACAACGGAUCUGUUAGAUGGCACAGAGUGGAUUAUCUGUCUUUGAUUUGGUUGGGGAUGAUCUUACAACAACCUACAAGGAAGAAUCUUCUCCGUCUGAGGCUCACAUGGCCUUUUCAGUUGAUGGUAUAGGUCUCAUGACAGUAAGCUUCUCAUGGAAACAUGUCAAGAAGCCAAAAACCUUCGGAAGAUUGUAACUACUUGGAAGAUUGUUACUUUCAUGUUUUAAUUGUAUUUUUUGUUUUUUCAAGUUUUUGUAAUUUUGUAUUUUUU